AUGGGAAAGACAGUGACUUAUGGGAUCCAAUAUAAGCAGGCAGACAACUUGACGGAAGGAUACAAGUUUCAUGUCUCGAAAUAUAACUCGUAUCUAGCAGGCAACAAUAGAAUCAAAGCAGCAGAAACAGCUCUUGAACUGAUAGAAUGGCUUGAAGCAGACAGCAAUAAGCUCGCAGAGGAAGACGAGUAUAAAUUCACGGCUGUAAUGAGGAAAUCCAUUGAUCUCAGCAGAAAGGCAGUUCGUAUCUUGGAAGACAUCAAUUACAAAUCUCUCUUACCUAGAGCACAUAAAAGCAUAGGCCAAAGCUACUUAGUGUUAUGUGAAUACGAGUCUGCAGUGAAGCAUGGGUUGAAAGCAAUUGGUCUCUUGGAGGAGUUACAGUCAAUGCAUCAGAGUCUACCAAAGAUGAAAUCCCUAUUUCAGAGCACCUAUCGCAUGUUGGGCGACAUUUACUUUAUGAAGAGCAAUGACACCUCAGCAUCUCGAUACGCAGAUUACGAGCACGCACAGAAAUACUAUGGAUUGGAAAGAAAUAUGAUUGACACAAUGACAUUGGAUGAUAUCGAAGACCCACAGGAAGAUGAUAUGAAGCGAUUGGUCCAGUCAUCCUAUUUCAAUCUGGGUGUCAUGGAGAGUAAGGUGCAUACGACAUACAACGAAGGAGAAGCCAAUCUCAAAAGAGCGAUUACGUUGGCUCAGGAACUGAAAGAUUAUGCGAGUGAGAAAUCAGCGUGGUGGGAGUUGGGUAACUUGUACAAGCGUACUCAGCAAUACGAUCUGGUGAAGGAAUGCCAGAGAAGAGAGUAUCAACUCGUGACUCAGCAUGAGUUCACCGAAGACCAGCGUUUGUGUUUUGAAGAGAGAAUGAAAAUCCAUUUGUUUCUGGGUGAAUACAACGAAUGCGCUUAUUUGUACAAAGAAGCAGAGGAAACAGAGACGGACUCAAUCCAUGCCUAUGAAAGCUUGUUUAAUAUUGUCAAAAAAGUGAAAUCAGCAAAAGAGCAGCUGGAAUCACUCAUUACAACAAACAAUAUGAAUGCAUCCACAUCAGCCUUAUUCCUGGAGUUUAUUGAGCUGCUUCAAAAGUUUGAUCUUUAUCGAAUGCUUAUCAAAUUCGUCGAUGACAACCUAAUCGCAUUACUGAAUACAAGAGAUUUCUCACAUUUGAUCUACGCUCAACUACUGCAAUACAAGACAGAGGCACAAUGGGAGCUGAGAGAAAGUCGCAAGGAGGAAUAUCUCAAAUCAUGCAAUGAGACCUUUGACUAUGUGGAAGCGUACUUUAUGGAUAGUCCUUUGAAUCAGCUGCAAUUGACCAUUGGUGUCUUCAAAAUUCGUGUCAAGAUACAUGAAUACUUUGAUCAGGAUUUCCAGAUGGAGUCAUGCAAGAAGAUGCUAACUGAGGCUAUCAAGGAGGAAAGAAUGAUGACCCAAAAACUACAGAAUAACUAUACCAUGGAUGUUACCUUUCCGGGACAUAGCCGUAUUACUCCUGUCCUUAAUAAAGACACGAAAAAGAAAAUCCGAGUCAAGAUCCUAUUCUCAACACCAAAAGAGUUGAUCAUCCAAUAUGAUCCUGUCCCUGAAACUGUGCAAAAGCUAAUGGAAGAUAUCGCAAGUCGAUGUUGGAGUCAUUAUGGUGUUGAGCCCAUCAUGAGCCAUAUGCGCACAAUGGAUCAUGAUAUAUACCCUCAAGAUUACGUUCGCAACAUUAUCGUCCAAGAAAAUCAGUACAUGGAGGCUAUUGUUACAGGAAAUGCCAAGAAAUCGCCAUUGCAGAUCUAUCUGAACGCAUGCGAAAGACUCCAUAUUGAAUUAUCCAAAGAGAUUCGACUCAAACUAGCAAAAGAGGGCUACAAGCACAUCUCCUUGGCUGAAUUGUGUAUCACAAAAGAACAAUUAGCAGCAAUUCAACAAGUAUUGCAACAUUCUCCAUUACUACAAACUCUGAAUUUGUCAUCCACCACGCUGAAUGAUGACAAUUUGAGUUAUCUCUUGGAGCAUGCCAAUAAGGGAUUGAGUGAGCUGCAUGUUUGUAACAACCAGUUGACAGCGAAAUGCCUAGAUACACUCAGUAGAUUCCGCCUUCGUACACUAGAUCUUUCUCACAACUCAAUGGGACCUGCUUUGAUGAGACAGCUUCCCAGAUUGCUGGAAAAGAUACCCGCCUUGAAACAGUUGUCCAUACAGAAUACAGGAAUUGGAAGAUUUACAGAAAUUGAUGAGGCGGUAAAGGCAUUAUAUUCAAAUCAUGGACGCAAAGGAUCUCAAGGGGCAAAUCUAUCACUAGACAUCUCCAACAACUACUUUGACUGCAACAUGCUUACACUAUGGACGCCAUUGUGGACUUGUCUGAAAAGAAUAUACAAGCUGGAGUUAUCAAGCUUAUCAACUGAGGCAAAAUGGCUCAACUUUGACCUGUUAUCAGAUUUACCAAAAUUAUCAGAUUUGAAUUUCAAUUUCACACUAGCCUCAACCCUCAGCUAUAACUUUAAAGACUUUUUCAAAUACAAGAGGUUACUGAAUCAUAUAGAUUUCACGGGCUGUGGUCUCGGAAAGCAAGAUAUCAUGAUCUUGGCUAAUAACCUGCAAGAUGCCUCAAAACUAAGAAAAUUGACACUCAAUUCAAAUCCUGACAUUGGGGAUGCAGGAAUGAUACUUUUAAAUGGAGCUAUUAAGCAAUCCAAAAUAGACAUUUUAGAUAUCUCUGAUUGUGGCAUUACAAUUGCUAUCGUUGAUCAUGUAUUACAGUGGACAAAUCACCUCAAACAGUUGGAUGCUACAAAAAAUCCAAAAUUCGUGAUGAAAGAGGGCGAAUAUCAGCGAUCGUUUACUUGCCUUGUGAAACUGGAUGAUGGCGCAAAUGCCAGCAAUAACAACAAGAACGAUACGACUGAUUCACAAUCAAACAUAAGAUCAACAUUUGGCUUAUCAUUUCAACCGAUGGACACACUACCAGAUACACCGUUUUGA